UCUCUCCUACUAGUACCUACUUAUUAUUACUCAUGUAUCGCACCUCCCUUUCUCUCUAGUCUCUACGAGUCCAAAGCCAGGCCUUUUUGUACAUACAUCCUGAUCUCGUCCACCCUUUCUAGUUCCAUACGCGAAGAAGCUCAAUUUUGUGAAACAUCGUCAUUCUCCCAAGAAGAGCCAGACGACAAUGUUGGACAAGGAAGACAGGACGAGGAUGCUCCCCAAGAGCUCAAGCCAUAAGACGCUCCUGGCCGCCAUGGACGAGGAGCGGGCGACUAUGACUAACCGGCGUUUCCUCUCCAAGGACACAUCCUCCGUCUCCGACCCCUCCUUCCGCGUCUACUACGGCGUCGCCUCCGCGGGCUCCGUGCCGUUCGUGUGGGAGUCCGCGCCGGGCACUCCCAAGAACGCCAUCUCGAGCACCACCCUCCCGCCCCUCACCCCGCCGCCGUCCUACUACAACAGCAAAGGCGCUGCCAAGCAGACCAAGUUCACCAAGUCCCAGUCCUCCAAGAAGCUGCUCUCCUCCAAGCCGGCUAGCUUCGUGCAAAGCAUCCUCCCCAAGCUGCGCAGGAGCAAUACCAUGCCGUCGCGGUCACCGUCGUCGGCGCCGCCGUGCAAAGAGAGCGCGCAGGUGCAGUGCACCCGGAGCCGGAGAAACAGGCUUCCCGCGAGCCCCCGGUCGUCCUUCUCGUCCAACUCCAGGGGAGAUGACGAUGACGAUGGUGGUGCGGCGUCGUCGCCGACGUCCACCCUGUGCUUCCGAACGCGGCACUCCGGCGGGGGAACCGGCAGGCUGCACGGGCUUCUAGCGUCCGUGGUCGGAGGAGGGCAAGGUACCGCUGCCUCCUGAUUAAAUACAAGGUUAAUUUGCAUCUCUUCCGGUUCUUGGUCACAUCUCUAGAUCUUGGUGGUGUGCUACUAUGGUCUGCAGUGCGCGACUAGUCUUGUGCGCUUACCUUGACCUAAUUCGAUGAGGGUUUUGAACUUUAUUACAUGACAUGGAUAUGAACAAUAUAGUAGCGAGUGUCUAGUGCUUGUAGUAGGAUGAACCCAAAAUAUAUAGUUGUUUAUUAUUUGUUCAUGCUGAAGCAAAAAAUAAUGUGUUUUCUUUUA